CAUACGAAGCCUGAGCUGUCAGCUGGCCAUCCUCCAGGGCAAUGGCUCUGAGAAGAACUGCUGCCCUGUUAACUGGGUGGAGCAUGAAGGCAGCUGCUAUUGGUUCUCUCGGACUGCGAAGCCCUGGCCCGAGGCUGAGAAGUACUGCCAGCUGGAGAACGGGCACCUGGUGGUGGUCGGCUCCUGGGAGGAGCAGAGAUUUGUCCAGCACCACAUGGGCCCCGUGAACACCUGGAUGGGCCUCACUGACCAAGAUGGGCCCUGGAGAUGGAUAGACGGGUCAGACUACGAGAAGGGCUUCCAGAACUGGAGGCCAGAUCAGCCGGACGACUGGACCGGGCACGGGCUUGGGGGAGGCGAGGACUGUGCCCACCUCACAGAUGAUGGCCGCUGGAAUGACGACGUCUGCCGGAGGCCCUACCGCUGGGUCUGCGAGGCAGAGCUGGGCAGGCCCACCCAGGAGCCUCCGCUCCCCUAAUUUAUUUCCUCGAUGCCUUCACCUGUUGAAGGCUCCUCACUUUGGGAUCCUCCUAUCUGGGGCUUCCUGCACAUUCUUGGGGCUUUUCAUCUGGGCUGUAGGGGAGGGGAGAGGAUGGUGACCGAGGAAUGCAGAGGAUGCUCGGAAGGGCGGGGAGAUUGAGGGCUAUGCCACUCUCUACGGUUUGCAGGUUACUGUCAACUUUUUUUUUUUUUGAGUAAAAAGAGAAAUAUA